AUAUAGUGCCUGGGCUCUAUAGGCGCGAUUUUGGGCUUGCUGAACGUAGUGAACGUAGUGAACGUAAGAGACGUAAGCUUCAGGAGCACGGACCGAAAUCGGAAGUUUGUGUUCCAAAUCGCGAUAAUACUUCUCGCGGUCGCCCUGGCCUGACCUUCAGUUUGAUCUUUCCUCGCGCAAUUUGUUGUGCCAGAGCAUACAGCCCCCGAGCUUGCCUGGCAACUACCUUUCUCGGGGUCUCCGCAAGCUAGAGGGGCGCCCGUGGGGGCGCCUCGGGAAUUAAUUUGACCGGCAAGUAUGGCGCAGCGCGACGCUAUCGACACGCUUAGCAAAGCGUGUGCCUAUGGAGACUUCGACAAGCUGAGGCAGUUCAUUGACCAGGAUCCAGCAAGCGUCAACCAGCCGGACGAGAAUGGCUAUUUUCCGCUGCAGUGGGCCGCGCUGAACAACCGUGUGCCGGAGAGCACGUACCUCUUGCAGCACGGCGCGCACGUGAAUGCGGCGGACCACACGGGCCAAACCGCGCUGCACUGGGCUGCGGUCCGUGGCAGUCUGCCGGUCAUUGAGACGCUGCUGCGCCACAAUGCCGAUUGGGAGGCGCGCGACAAUCGCGGAUACACAAUUGCACACGUGGCGGCCCAGUAUGGACAGACAGCCGUGCUGUACCACCUGGCGCUGCGUUGGUCGGCGGAUGUGGACAGUCCUGACAACGACGGCCGCACGCCGCUGCACUGGGCGGCGUACAAGGGCUUUGCAGACACCAUUCGCCUGCUACUGGUGCUGGACUGCCGCUACACGCUGGCGGACAAGGAGGGAUGCACGGCGCUGCACUGGGCAGCAAUCAAGGGCAACGGCGAAGCAUGCACAGUGCUGCUGCAGGGUGGAUCCGCCUGCGUGCUGACGUACACGGACGUGACGGGCAGCACACCCGCGCAGCUGGCCAUUGACAAGGGGCACCGCUACCUGGGCCUGCAUCUGGCGGAGUACAAGUCCAAGCACGAGCCGCAGAUGGGCGGGUUGUUUGGAAAGCACGGCAAGCUGGGCUGGCUUGCGUCCACGCAGCUGUGCCCCUUCAUCUGGGGCCUCGUCAUGGGCCUAGUCAGCCUCUUCCUGUACAAGGUGAUGGACUCCACCAUGAGCCCGGCGCUGCGCGCGUGGUCCUGGAGUGUGGUGAUCUCGGCCGGCAUCGCGCUGGCGCUGCUGUACCGCAUCACCACCAGCGACCCCGGGUUCAUCCCCACAGGCUGGGAGUCGUCCAACGCCCAUAAGCGCGACAACAGCUCGGGCCGGGGCGUGGGCGACCUCGAAGUCGGUGGCGAGUCGCAGGCGCUGCUGGGGGCGGCGGUGCAGCGCGGCGUGAACGGCGGCAGCUCGGGCUUGGCGCUGGCAGGCGGGGCCGGGGCGGCCGGUGCCGGUGUGGCGCGCGACGGCACCAAAUACGGCAACAUAAAGAUGCUGGACUCGCCCGCGCUCUGGGCGGGCAACUGGCAGCAGCUGUGUGUGACUUGCCGCAUCGUGCGCCCGUUGCGCGCGAAGCACUGCUCCGUCACCAACCGCUGCAUCGAGGUAUUCGAUCAUUUCUGUCCCUGGGUGGGCAACGCCAUCGGCAAGGGCAACCGCCACCUCUUCCUGACGUUCCUGUGGAUCGCGCUGUACUCCAUGGCCACGUCCGCGGUGGUGGGCGUCAUCCAGAUCAACCGCCACCUCAGCGUGUCGCGCUGGCGGCCGGGCGCGCUGGUGUGGAUGAUUGUGUUCGAGGUGCUGGACGUGUUCGUGGGGCUGAGCGUGGCGGCGCUGGCCAUCGCGCAGGCCAGCCAGGUGGCGCGCAACGUGACCACCAAUGAGCUGGCCAACUGGCACCGCUACCGCUACCUACAGACGCCGGACGGCCACGGCUUUGUGAAUCCAUUCAGCCACGGCUGCGUGGAGAACUGUCGCGAGGCCUUCACACCCGCAACCGCACCCACCGCGCCCGUCUUCCUCAGCAAGGAGCAGCAGGCGGCCGCGGCCUGCGGGAUAGGCAGCGGCUGCCGCGGCUGCCACAGCCACAAGUGAGGGCCAGUUGGGAACUGAUGGGAAUGGAAUAGGCAGGCAAGCAGGGAUCGUAGCGGCUUAGAUGUAUCCGUGUAUUCCAUCAAGGAUGGAUGCCAGCGGCAGCGGGGCUGUUGGCCAGGACUGUGCGGCCUUGCACUUGAUAGCAGCUCACCACGAGCUGAUCGCGCGCCAACCAGCAUUCUGGAAACUAACUGCAGCAUCCUGCAAGCAGCUACCUGGGUCAGGCCAUGCACUCGUCCCUCACUGGUUCGACGCAAGUAUUGCAACAGUAGGUACUGCAUGUCGGUUAGGAGCGGUGUGUCAGUGUGUACGUGCGUGAGCAAUACCAAGGAUUGAUGAGGGUUUGCGGGCGACGCCGGACCGCGGCUUGAUACGACGGUCCGUCACAGUAAGGAUGGUCGAGUGGCUGGAACGUACAGUCGCUGCGUGUUUCGGUGUUAUGAGGUGCACAGCCUAGGUUCAGGGGCGUAAUAUGGGCUGACCCAUGAUCAAAAGAACGCCUUCGUUGGGGCUGCCAGGUGGCAGCAGUGAGGGAUGGUCUGUCGCCGGAUGGGCUCAGCGGACAGCUGGGGCGCUGGGGUUUUCCCGCCUUUCGCGUCUUGGCGCAGGGCCAGGUCGGCAAGUCUUUGUAAACACAUACAUGC